AUGAAGGAGUCCGCCUAUAAAGGUGUGAUAGCUGUUUCAUUGACGGCUACCAUCAUCUCAGCAGUUUUCCUCAUCACAGUUCUUCCAAUUGUUGAUGAUUUUGCCGAAACCAAUAGUGCAAUGUUAAAGAGUGACGCCGUCUAUUGUGGGACGUCAUCGGCAGAACUUUCAUCACUUUUGAUGAGGUUUGGAAUCGAUCAUGUGAAUUCAACAGUUAGGAUAAAGAGGAAGACUGACGCAGAGUAUGCCGACUACGAAACGGAGGAUGAGAAAGUUUGCAAAUGCGAAUAUCCUCAAGGACCACCUGGUUUACCUGGUCGAGAUGGCAUUCCUGGUCCAUCGGGUACUCCAGGAGCGCCAGGAUUACCGGCUCGCUUGCCAUGUGAUCCACCUAUUGACUACGCAAAGGUUUGCCCAGACCCGUGCCCUACUGGCGUACAAGGAGCACCUGGAGAAACGACUGGUCCACGUGGAAUUCCUGGUCUUGAUGGAGAAGUUGGCGAUCCUGGAGAAGAUGCCGUACCACAACCAUUUAUUCCCGGACCACCAGGAGAAAUCGGAGAUGAAGGUCCACCAGGGCCACCAGAGAAGUACUGGAAUACAGGACCUGUUGGGAUGCCCGGAAUCGAUGGGCCAAUUGGACCUGCAGGGCCUCGUGGAAAGAAAGGAAAGGACGGAUUUCCUGGCGCAAAAGGAGAACCUGGAGCGGAAGGAGCAAUGGGCGAAGCGGGAGAGGACGGCGAGAAAGGGGUGAGGUUCUAA